AUGGAGAAAAUUGAUUCUAAGCUGCAAGUGGACGUGGACUCGGUCACAACACAAAACUAUGAAAAUGUCAAGGAAGAAGAUGAAGAAGCUACUUCUAACUACAACAAUGGUGGACUUAUGGCUAAAGAUGAGCCUAUCAUUGAAAUCGAGGACAAUGCUGAUCCUGUUAGCAACGAAAAUAUUGAUUAUUACCCGCCAGUAGCAGUGUAUGUUAACGACAACGAUGACAUUGAAUGCUUGCCUGGCUAUCGGUUUAAUCCUUUUGAUCAUGAGCUUAUAGUUCAUUACUUGUUGAGGAAGGUGAACAAACAGCGUCUCCCUCAUAAUAAGAUCAAGGAAGUUGAACUUUAUAAAUACAAUCCGGAGGAGAUCACAAAAACAGACCAGGGAUUGGUGGAGAAAGAGUGGUACUUUUUCACACCCAGGGACAGGAAGUACAAGAAUGGAAAUAGGCCUAAUCGUGCAGCAGGCGAUGGGUACUGGAAAGCCACGGGAGCUGAUAAGAAGGUGUCUUACAAAGGUGAGAUAGUUGGAUACAGGAAGGCAUUGGUGUUCUACCAAGGUAAAGCCCCAAAAGGCGACAAGACGAACUGGAUCAUGCAUGAAUUCAGAGUACAGUCACCCACUGAAAGAGCCCGAACUCACGAUGGUGACAUGAGGGUAAGUUCUCCAUCUCCAGAUUACUCAUACUCUUCAGAAUAG